UUACUGUGCGAAUACUGAGAAUAGCACAUCAACUUAAUACUUAAAUGUUUUAGUUCAUAGUACUACUUGUUUACAGAGUCCCCUAACAUGAAAAGACCCCUCUACAACUCUAUUGUUUCUCCUAAAUUCUUUCUUUUUGCAUGUAAUGGAAAACAAAUAGAGCACUUUUUCUCUACAAUAACUACCUUUCCUUGGACGCCAUGAAAAUCCCUCCAAAGAAACCUCACUUUUUCAAACCAAUUAUGCCAGGUUUCAAGAAUGGCCUUAAAAUUCCUUUAGGAUUCUUGAAGUAUCUCAAGGAUCACGACCAUAUUGAACAUGCAAUACUGAGAAGGGGUAGUAAGAAGUGGCUGGUGAAGGUGAACGGCCGACGUCUAGAAGAAGGUUGGGAAAAGUUUGCAGAGGAGCAUGAUUUGCAAUUGGGAGAUAUGUUGGUGUUCGGACAUGAAGGAGAUAUGGAGUUCGAAGUUUCCGUAUUUCAUUCUAAUCAAUGUGAUAGGGAAUAUGAAGAAGAACAAAAAGUCCACAAUGUUGAAGAGACUUCCAAGAAAUUUGAAUUCAAAGAUUUGAGGGGAAAUGCAUCUCUUCGGCUGGAAGGAAAGACGACUAACUUGCACGCUAAAAGCAUUUCCACUGAAGAAAAACCAAAUCCCAACAUCAUGUCAUCGCUCAAGGUUUUCCCCAAUGUAGAAGCGACUAAGGACGUGCCUCUGGGUCGCCCUCAUUUAAUUACUACUGUCAAGCCCUCUUGUAUUUCAAAGUGUUUGAUGCAUGUUCCGAAACUGUUUGCAUGCGAAAACGGCCUCAGCAACAGGAAAUGUACAAUAGUGAUAAGAGAUGAGCAAAGGUCAUGGGAAUUUAGGCUGUAUUCCUGUGGAGGCAGCACUUUCAUUGGAGGUGAAUGGCGUAAAUUUUGCGCUGCUAAUUUCUUAAAGGAAGGAGAUCAUAUAAUGUUUGAGAUAUUUUCCAAGGGAGAGAAACCUAUAUUGAAAUUUUGCGAUCUGAGAGGAGAAGCGUCACUCCAGCCCGAAGGAAAGAAGACUAAUUUGGAUUCUGAAAGAGUUUCCACUCAAGAUUUGAGGGGAAAUGCAUCUCUCCAGCCGGAAGGAAAAAAGGCUAAUUUGCACACUAAAAGAGUUUCCUCUGAAGAAAAGCCGAGCCCCAGCAUCAAGUUGCCAAACAAGGCUUCUGCCGAUGCAAAAGCUGCCGCUCACCAUCCUUUUGGCCAUUCUAAAUUUGUAUGCACUAUUAGACCAUAUUGCCUUACAUAUGGUUUCUUGAACGUUCCUAAACAUUUCGCAUGCGCAAAUGGUCUCAAGCCCAACAAGAAGUGCAUUCUGAUCAUAAGAGAUGAAAGGCAAGGAUCGUGGACUUUAAGGCUAAGUGUUUGCAAAACUCAAGUCUAUAUUGGAGAUGGAUUACGUAAAUUUAUUGCUGAUAAUUGCUUAAAGGAGGGAGAUCGUAUUAUGUUUGAGGUUGUUACUAGUGGAGAGACACCAAUAUGGAAAUUUCAGGUUGUUACUAGUGGGAAAGACUCCAAUGAGGAAGUAUCAAGGUAAAUAUUCUGGGAAGGGUGCCAAGAAUCACAGAAGCCAUUGACAAUAAUAAUGAAGCAGUUGAUGAUGGGCCAGAAAACGAGCGCCGAAGCAAGUGAAAAUGUAGUGUUGUUGUACAUGUUGCUAAAUCUAAGAAACCCUACGUUUUGUAUGAUCUGUUCUACUUAAUUAAGUAUUGAAAAUAUGCUUUCAUAUAUGAUUAGCAAUUAGAGGAAGUGCACAGUUAGCCACUAAUUAAAGCUGUAUUUACUCUUUCACGACGUUUAGAAAAUAAUGUCCUAAUGUUUACUUA